AUGUCCAAGUUCGGUGUCCUGGUUAUGGGCCCUGCGGGAGCAGGCAAAACUACCUUCAGCAACGCUCUCAUCCAGCAUCUGCAAAGUACCCGCCGCAGCUGCUUCUACGUCAAUCUCGAUCCUGCCGCCGAGAACUUCGCCUACGCACCAGACCUCGACAUCCGCGAGCUGAUCACCCUGGAAGAUGUCAUGGAAGAGCUGGGGCUGGGUCCUAAUGGCGGUCUGAUCUAUUGCUUUGAAUUCCUCCUUCAAAACCUUGAGUUCCUGUCCGAGGCACUCGAUCCACUGAGUGAGGAAUACCUUAUUAUUUUCGACAUGCCCGGACAGAUCGAGCUCUACACACACAUCCCUCUCCUCCCAUCAUUAACGCAGUUCCUUUCGCGGCAAGGACCAUUGAACAUCAAUCUCUGUGCCGCCUACCUCCUCGAAAGUACAUUCGUCGUCGACAAAGCCAAGUUUUUCGCCGGCACCCUCAGCGCCAUGUCUGCCAUGCUUAUGCUGGAGAUUCCGCACGUGAACAUUCUCAGUAAGAUGGAUCAGGUGCGAGACAUGGUGACCCGCCGGGAAUUGAGGCGUUUUGCCAAUGUGGAUGUCCAACUGCUACAAAAUGACGAGGAAGAUGUGGCAGCCAGCGCCAACCCCAUGGCGACGGAAGCUUUGAUGAGCGGUGGCUCCUUCAAGCAGCUCAACCGGGCGGUGGCACAACUGAUCGAUGACUUCAGCAUGGUCUCGUUCCUCCAGCUGGACGUUCAAGACGAGGACAGCGUCGCGGGGAUCUUGAGCCAUAUCGAUGAUGCCAUCCAGUACCACGAAGCUCAAGAGCCGAGAGAGCCCAAAGACGAGCAGGAGGUGAACUACGAAGAAUAA